GAUUUGAUUUUAAGACAUACACAAACGUUAAUUAGUUUGAAGAUGCAAACAGUGUUUCUGCCGUGCAUUGUCAAGAAGAUUCCACGUUCUUCAACAUCACCGCUGCGAAUCCGACCCAUCACGUCCUCCAUCAUUAAGAUGGCUGCAGAAGACUACACUUUUGGGCCUUACAAGAUAAAACCCAGUGAAGUGUUCUACACCACUCAUUUCUCUUACGCCAUGGUCAAUCUGCGUCCUCUUCUCCCUGGUCAUGUGCUCAUCUGUCCAAAGCGCGAAGUUAAACGUUUCGGUGAUCUCACUGCUGAUGAGACUUCUGAUUUAUGGCUCGCUGCACAAAAAGUUGGCAGGCAGCUUGAGAUCUACCAUAAGGCUUCGUCACUUACUUUUGCAAUCCAAGAUGGACCCCAAGCAGGACAGACGGUACCUCAUGUUCACAUUCAUGUUCUUCCUCGGAAAAGUGGUGAUUUUGAGAAGAAUGAUGAGAUAUAUGAUGCAAUUGAUGAGAAGGAGAAGGAAUUGAAACAAAAGCUUGACUUGGACAAGGAGAGGAAAGACAGAAGCCUUGAAGAGAUGAGUCAAGAGGCUGAUGAAUACAAAAAACUUCUCUUGUAACAUUUUUGCUAGGAGUAAAAAGUGAAUUCUGUCUGCAUCAUGACCAGAUUUUUUGAGUGUAGACAAUUUUAAUGCGCUUCCUUGUAGCCACAGAAAAAGUUUAUUCCGCUAAUUUAGAUUUUAGAACUUUUGAGUUGCACUUGACCAUACAAGUCACAAAUUCUAGUCUUCAGGGGAACUGCUUAUUAUUUUUGGUUACAUGUAGCAUUGUACUGAAGUUUCAAGGAACAAUGAAAAUUUGGUUGAACUCAAAGUAACAGCACUUGGGUCUCUUUUUUUACUUUA